CACAGUCAACAGUUGACUUCACCUCCGUGUCAUCGCCUGCGUCUACCUCAAACCAUCGACUCGUUUCUUCGUAACAGCUAGUUCAAACUUUGCUCUGAAUAGUUAGUUUUGAGACACAUUCAACGGAAGCCACCCAAAUCAGCCUCUCUGGAGAAUGUCGGAUUUCGACAGCAAUCCGUUCGCGGACCCGGAGUUCAGCAACCCCUUUCAGGAUCCGUCGGUGACACAGGUCAGACAGGCUGCUCCUCCGGGGCUGGAGGAGUACAAUCCCUUCACAGACGGCAAACCAACGCCUGCGGCCAUGGCGCCCAAGACUGCAGGACCCACCAUCAACACACAGCCCGCCAUCAUGAAACCCACAGAGGAGCCGCCGGCCUACUCGCAGCCUCAAGCACAGGAGCAGUCGCGAGGGGCCGCCGAGCUGCUGAGGAGGCAGGAGGAGCUGGAGAGGAAGGCUGCAGAGCUGGACCGCCGGGAGCGAGAAAUGCAGUCGCUCAGCGCUUCAGGAGGCAGGAAGAACAACUGGCCCCCCCUCCCGGAGAUGCUCCCCGUGGGUCCCUGCUUCUACCACGACAUCACGGUGGACAUCCCUGUAGAGUUUCAGAAGACAGUCAAGAUCAUGUAUUACCUGUGGAUGUUUCACGCAGGGACGCUGCUCGCUAACCUGGUGGGCUGCUUGGCCUGGUUCAGCGUGGACACGUCGCGCGGGGUGGACUUCGGCCUGUCCAUCCUCUGGUUCAUGCUCUUCACGCCGUGCUCAUUCGUCUGCUGGUACAGGCCGCUUUACGGAGCGUUCAGGAGCGACAGCUCAUUCAGGUUCUUCGUCUUCUUCUUCGUGUACAUCUGUCAGUUCGGCGUCUACGUCCUGCAGUGCAUCGGCAUCACUGGUUGGGGCGCCAGCGGGUGGAUCUCGGCUCUGACCGGCCUGAACCGGAGCAUCCCAGUGGGCAUUAUAAUGAUCCUCGUCGCCGCUCUCUUCACCUCGCUGGCCGUCAUGUCCCUCAUCAUGUUCAAAAAGGUCCAUGCGAUGUACCGAACCACCGACGCCAGCUUCGAGAGGGCCCAGCAGGAGUUCGCCACGGGCGUCAUGUCCAACAAGACCGUCCAGGCCGCCGCUGCUAACGCCGCCUCCAGGGCUGCACAGGGAACCUUCAAGGAGCAGAUCUGAUUGGCCCACGCAGCUCUCCGUCCCCCCCAUCUCUGCUCAUCCAGCUUCCGCUGCCCCUCAGCCUUCUGACGGUGUCGAGGUGGUUUCUGUGAGGGGGGGGGGCUGUCCACUCGCCCACCAUCUGGGAUUCAAAGUGUGAAUGAAACAGGGACCCGGCUCGUUUCCGUCCUCUCCUACCUGAAACAUUGUGCACUCCCAUCACAGACUCUGAGACCCCUCGCUGCACCCCCCACCACCGCUCAACCAGCGGGCCCAACCUUAUUUUCUGUGUGUGUGUGUGUGUGUGUGUGUGUGUGGCCAACUAAAUGAAUGUUUGUCCUCUUUAAAAGGUCUAAUGUAGCUGAACUCUAACUUCUAAACGUACCUGGGCAUUUCCCACCAAUCGACCACCUCCGAGGUUCUGUCACCACUGGCUUCCUGUGUUUCUGAGCCGUUCCUUAAUUUAUCCACCUCAUCGCCACCUCCCAUUUUUAAAUUAAUUUAUUAUCGAUGAAGUGGAGGUCAUCUAGCUCUCAGUAGUCAUCGGUUAACGCAGCGUUCACUGACCCGUUUCGCUGUUUUCUGUGAGUGCGUAACUCAACGCUGCUGCCCCCUGGUGGAGUGACUGUGUAUUGAAGAUGAAUGCCGUGCAUUCCGGUUCACUGCUUUGCCUUCGACUCUCCACUUUCCUCUGAAUUCGGUUGUGGGAAGUGCGUAGUUUUACUUCCUUAAAGUGACGUGCCACCCAAAAUCUUAUUUGUUGCGUAUCAAACACUCACCUGUGCAGACUGAAGGGCUGAUGAUGAUGAGUUUUAUAGGAUGUGUUUAUUCACAUCAGUUGGGGAAAAAGCCACUGGGACAGCUGGGUCAGUCAGCCGGUCCCACUGGUGAGCCUCUGAUUUUCCCUCUAGCGCCACCAUGAGGUUAACGUUUGUGAUUUCAGCUAAAUAUCUCCUGUGACGUUCACACAUUCACGUUAGUUUGAUCCCUUAAAUUCAUAUCCAGCGCCAUCAUCAGCUCGAAAAUUGAAAUUUGGUGAUAUAAUAACAUUCCAACUAAACUAACAUUGCGGUUGAGACUCGUCACUUGUCGACUAAUUGACUAAUCAAUAGAUCGACGGGUUGUUUCCGCUCUGGAGCUGCAGACUCGUCUUGUUUUGGUCGUAUUUUGGCAACAUGCAGACGACACAGACGGAGACGUGGAGCAGCUGAAAAGUGGUUUCAGCUCUUUCUUUUGAUCCUUUUUUUUUCCCCGUCUGAAUCUAUCGACCAGCCGGACUCGCGCCGAUCAGAACCAUUCCUCUCUGUGAACUACGGAGCUCAAACAGCCUCCUCUCCCACCGACAAGCAGCGUUUGAUGCCGGAGAAAACUGGAUCUUUUGAUUUUGGGUGAUCUGUCGAUUUCAGGUAUUUAUUGCGUGGAGUUUUUUUUGCCUGUUUGACGUACUGUUGCUCAACUUUGGCUGUGGCUUUAAGCUUUGUGGUAAAAAAAAAAUCACUGAGAAUGAAAUUAAGGUUUUAAAAGCAUCUCUAACAACAAUAUUUUAAUGAAAUGACUGAAGAAGAGAAGGAAGGACUGUUUGUAUAUUUUGUACGAUUUACAGAUGUCGGCUAUUUGCUCUCUGGUUUCACCUUCAGUCACAUGUUGAGUAGUUUCAGUUUUGUAUAUUUAUUGUAUUAACACUGAAUAAAAUUCUUCUUAUUUA